AUGCAUUAUAAAGAAGAUAUUGAAGUUUUACCAUCAGGAAAUAUUGUGUUAAGAAAUAUUCAAGUUGAUGAGUCAGGAGACUAUAAAUGUAUCAUUUAUAAUCCCAGCACAGAACAGCUCAAGAAAUCUGAUUUUAUUGUGACACUCAAUGUAUCACCAUCUACAGAUCCUCCAUUACCAACCUGGAUUUUAGACAGUGACGCUAAUUCCCAAAUAAAAUUAAAUAUUGGUGAUGAUGCUGUGUUAGAAUGUCCAUCUGCUGGUUUACCCGAACCAAAAGUCAAUUGGACUAAAUAUGAUGGCUACUUGAAAAAAUCACGUUCUCAAGUUAUUUCAGGGAAUUUACAUAUAAACAAUCUAGAGUUGCGUGAUGAAGGAACCUAUUUAUGCAGUAGUAAUGGAAUACAGAGAUUUGUUACUUUAGAAGUCAGAGAACUGCCAAAAAUCACUGUAUCCAGUAAUCAUAUUGAAGGAGAAUUGGGAAGUAGUUUAAGAAUAAUUUGUAAUGUUCAGGGACGUCCUAAACCUACUGUACAAUGGUAUCAUAAUGGCAAACUUUUAACAGACUCCUACACCAAAAUCCUUCAUGGAGAUACAGCUAAAUUGAUAACUAAACUAGAAGAAAGUGAUGUUGGUAUUUAUCAAUGUAUGGCCAGUAAUGAAGCUGGGGUUGCUUCUGCUUCAAUAUAUUUAUGGGUUAAAGGUCAAGUUCUGGACCCUUUUGGUGCAGAUGGAGAAGGGUUGUCUAUUAUGAAUACCAACAGCCCAAAUGAGACCACUUCUAUAGAUGAAGAUGAUAUUAAAAAAUCUAGGAAAGACAAAAAGCGAAAUAGAAAAAAAGAUAAAAGAAGAAAAAAGAAAGGCAAAAAUAGAAGAAGACAUAGAAAUAGAGUUAUCUUGGUACCCCCUUCACAACCUACAGUCACACAGCUAUCUGAUUCAUCUGUUAUGUUGAAUUGGACUGUACAGAAAAAUGAAGGUCUGGCAGUGAAAUUCUUUAGAGUGCAAUAUAAAGAAGUGGCACCAUCAAAAAGUUCCUGGAAAACAGAAGAUCAUGAACUAUCAAAGCAUGUUCGUCAGUAUGAAGUAAAGCAUUUAAAAAAGGGAGGAUAUUAUAAGUUCCGUAUAGCAGCUGUAUACACCAAUGAUGAUAACAAAGUUGGUAAUUUAUCACCAAGAUUUCAGUUAAAAUAUAAUUCAGAUGGCAAGUCAGUACCAGCAUCUGAACCUAUUAUUGUUGAAGUCAAACCUAUUGCUAAUAAUAAUAUCUAUGGUAUUAGUCUGAAAUGGAUGUAUAAUGGUCCUGAUGCUAGAGAUUUAAAAGGAUUUAUAGUUCAUUUUAAACCUUAUGAUGAGUCUGGUGAUUUUAAAGAAAUUGUUCUAAACCAAAUUGGAUUAAGACAUUAUUUUUUAGUCAAUUUAACAUCUCAUACAGACUAUGCUAUCAAACUGCAGUCAUUUAAUUCCAAUGGAAGAAGUCAGUUUAGUAAAAUUGUAGUAAAGCGUACCAGAGGUCCACCAAUUGUAGAAAAAACAACCUCCGGACCAGCGCAAUCAGUGCCCAUAGAUCAUGGUAACCCAAUGACCUCAUCAAGUGGUCAGGAACUAUAUAUGAUAUUAGGAAUUGUAUUGGGCAUCAUGCUACUAGCUUUAAUAGUAUUUAUGUUGAUGUGUUGGUGGAAACAAAGACAACAGAGAAGAAUGCCAGUAAUGAAUGGUGUUCUUCACUCAAAGUUUCACGAUCAGUCACAUCGUAUUUAUACUGAUAGCACUAGAAAAAAAUACAUGAAUGGUGGAUAUCCUACAAAUGGCUAUAUACCUAAUGGUCAUGGACCACAUUCACCUAAUAAAAUGAACAUAAAUGUUAAUCCUGUUCCUCCACAUCCAGAGGCAAUGUCUUUAACCAGACAUACAGAUAAGGGCACUUACUAUCAUAAUCAUAUUGGUAAUGGUAGUGUAAGGGCAUUUGGUCAUGUAAAUACAAGUGAUAAUAAUUUUAAUAAUAUAAACAGUAAUAAAAAAGUGAUGCUCUCAAAUGAAGAAGCAUCACAACCUAUGCUUUGUGAUAAUAAUAAAAGUGAUCAUACUGGUGAUAAUAAUGAAGCUAUUGUAUAUAAUUAUGACUGUUGUUCAAAUCAUCAUUAUGAUCAAACUUUACCUGAACAUACAUACGAUAGUGAUACAGUGUAUUCAGGUGGUGAUACCUGUGAUAGGAAUUCUCCAAUGCCAUCCUCAGUAUUGCCAGGCUAUGGACUCUGCAAUCAAUCCCAUGAAAGAAUUUCUCACAGACUUUCCCAAAAUUUGGAUCUGAAUCAGUCACAUGAUAGUUUAUCACAUAAGCAUUCAGGUCAUAGUAAACAGAGACAUAGAGGAAAACAUCGUCAUAAUGGUGAAAAUCUCACACGUGAUCAAGCAACCAACACAGACCUCAGUAGUAAUGAAGGAACAAUCGAAUUCACAACGUUCAACAAAUCACAAAAUAGUUCAGAUCAAAAUCAUCAAGGAAAUCCUUCAACAGACUUAAUAAGUUCUGAAGACUUGUCUCAAAGAAAUGAAGUCAAGCAAAAAUAUUGA